GCACAUCCGAACUCUGCCUUGGAGAAUUGAGCGAACAUUCCUCCAACGUCCGUUGCAGCUUGUUAUAUGUGAGAUGAGGUCGAUCAGCGAGAUUGCAUAGGAACCCAUCAGUUUUGAGUUACAUAUUUAUAUCAAGGAAUCUGAUUGUCAUAAUGGGUUCUGAUAGCUCGAAGGGAGCAAGCAAGGAUGGGAAUAGCGCAAGCAUUGGGAAAGAGCCAGAGAGGAAAAGUAACAUUGACAGCAUCGGCCCGGGUAAACCAUUUCACCGCCCAGCUUGCUGCACGCGUGCUGGAUCUGUUAAACAUGCCCCGGAUGAUAAGCCUAUCGCAAGACCAACAGAUAAGAAGAAAUUAGAUUAUGAUGAACUACCUGCCCAUCAACCAAGGAUGAGUCUUCAAAGUGCUGGAAGAUUAAACACACUUAUCAAAACGGAAGAUCCAGACAAAUCGGAUGUCAAGUCAACAACAUCAAAUGAGUUAUCAAAAGCCGGUACUUUGCCCUGCUCGACACGGAUUGCAGUAGUAAGCACUGACCCUCGCCGACAUACCGCCACCAUAGACAGUGUUACAAUCAGUUCAGACUAUGCCUUACCCCAGGAUGCUAUGCAGAAUUCUGAUAGUGACUCUGACAUUGAGGUGUUCGAUAAUGUCAACGAAACUAUCCAGUGGACACAAAGCCCUUCAUUUGAACCAACUGAAUCACCAGUAACCCCUCCGAGCACACCCUCAGAAAACACUCAAUCAACUGAUCACCACCCCAUCUCAACAUCCUCUGUACCAGAUGUCCUUAGGGUUGCAGAGCAACAUGUUAUUGUGUCUGAAGAGGUUGAAAGUAUAGUCGAACGGGACGAUGAACCCGUCGUUAACAUCGAUGACACUCUGGAGCAAUUGAAGACUAUAGCCGAAGGAUUGGAUGUUGAGUCAAAACAGUUGAAAACUCCAGUUGAAACUGUUGAAACGUAUGAAGAAAGUGAAAUACAAAUUAUUGAUGAUCAAGAGGAAGCGUUGCCUUUCAAUGACACCUUUCGUGAAUUACAUAUCUCCGUUUCGAAUGAAGGCAACGACGUUCAUGUGAACGAUGAACUUGCUCAUAACCCUGAUGAUUUGAAAAUUGACUUUGAUAGCAAUGAAAUUGAAGCCCGACCUGGAAACAGAGAUGUCGCAAAAUUGGCCAUUGACAGAGUUUAUGGAGCUCAUCUGUCCCCUGGGGGUACUCCAUAUUUUUUCCAGGCUCUAAUAGACGAAGCCCAACCUCAACAAAGGGCUGUGACAGCGAAAGAUGGACAAAAAGGCAAAAUAAAGUCCAAACGAAGAUCUCGCUCUAAAAGAUCUGAACGCUGCAGUAAACAAAACCUUAGUGUUGAUAAUCAGUUUGACCCGUAUAGCUGCCCUACACUGUCAAAUGAAUACAGAAAGGCCACAGAUGACGUGAGUCCAUCUGAUACAUCAAUUGCAAGGGAGUAUUGUGCGGCUGUGGCUAGUGGCGUUGCUAGACCUGACAACGUCUCAACUCCAACAUUAUCGAGAGAAGUUGCUCGUGCCACUGAAGAGCUUGUAGUUGAUGAUAAUAUUGAUACAGAAGAUAUGAUGCUUAAACAUAAUUCUGAAAUAUCUAAUGAACAUGCAACUCUAUCUAAAGAGUUCAGAAAUGCAAGUGAAAAUAGUGAAGCAAAUGCAAAUAUCAACGAAGAAGUGUUAACAGCCGCUGAACUAUCACAUUAUGAAGAUUUAGAUGCUUCUCCUGCUACUCUUCAACGCAUAUGUACAAAUAACAUUGAAAGGGCAAACCCUCAGAAUAUAUCAAACAAGGCACGAUUAAAACAAACUACUAAGUUGGUUGAUAUCCCGAAUGUCAAUGUAAAUAUUCAGAAUUGCGAUAGUCUAAAAGUAAUGGCUGAACGCGCAUUGAGAGAAUACAAGUCUCAAUAUGUAUUUGUAAGAAAUGUAUCUAGUCCUAAAUCACAGUGUUCGAAUUCUGGGCAACAAACCGAUGUUUCGUCUUCUGGGAAGGAUAUAAAUAAAGGGAUAUAUGACAAAUUACUCGAUCCCAAGGGAACGUUACAAGAGCGGAUUGAUGAAGCAUUGAGAGACAUAUCUCGUGCUGUGUUUAACCUAUCUCCAGCUAACACACUCGAAAAAAACACCGCCCAAAAACAGUCUCCACACCUUCAAGAAAAACCGCAUGUCACUUCACAGGAACCUGCCCGUAUAGAAAGGGUGAAGUAUGCCUAUAAUCCAAUAUUUUCACAAGAAGUUAAACACGAACGUGUAUCAGAAAUAAAGCAGGAAAAUCAAUCACCCAAAUUAGGUUCUGCACAACUUCAUAAAUUCAGCGAGACUGCAUCUUCCAAACCUCGAUGCCCAAUUUCAAGCAAAGUGCAAUUGGAGCCACUUGUAUCAGCAAAACCUCAAGUCUGUUCGUCUCCACCGCAGACAUUUGAGAACUGUGCGAAGAAACCGCAACCGUCAACACAGUAUUCGUUUGAAAGUCGCAUGAAAGAAUGGGAACAAAAUAACUCUGACCUUAAAGUUGUAGGUCAAAUUGAUCCAGAAUUUGAAGCGGCGUUUUUGUGGAAUGCAUCUGAGGAUAUAAUUAAGGGAAAGGGCGAUUUUCUAGAGACCCCAUCCAAUACACCAGACAUUAUCACAGGUAAUAUUUGGACUACUGAUCAGUCUAAACGUGAUAUACAAAGAAAUCAACAUGCUGCUCUUAAACGCACGUACAAUGCCAGUGAGAGCGAACGCCCGCCACCAGUGAGUCGCAUGCCACAGGAUCAAGUCUAUGACUUACUAAUGGCUGCAAAAUCCCGUGUUGAAAAGGGUGAUUUAACGAGAUCAACUGAGUUUGUGUAUCCACCAGAAAGUGAUGAAAACGAUGACGAUGGAAUUGUAGAAUUCAGUAUCACAAAAACAUAUACAGAACCAUCCCCCUUUGACGAUCCACCUAAGAAUGAAUCUCCCCCAGAAAGGAUGGAUCAGCCGUACAAUUUCGUGAAUCCUUCACGACAAACAAGGGACGUGUCAAGUCAUAGACUGAAGCGUGAUCCUUCGAGUGCACUUAUUCCUCUCACGGAGGAAAAUGACAACUUGGAUGGUCCACAUGGGGAUGUGUUUCAUCCUAGUGUUGGGAUGUCUAAAAGUAGUGGGGACAUACCCGUAACGGACUAUGUGUCGCAAUGGUUGAAAAAUCAACCAGCAGAAAUGGAGACUCCUCCACAAUAUGUCCCUCCAAAUGAGUUAAAUCAACCUCCAAAUCACAGGAUGGCUCAUUCCAAGAGUGAUUCUGCCUUAACCGUCCAACAGAUGCCUUCAAACAAUGGCGAGCUCCAAGUGGCCAGAGAUCAAAUGGACGGUUUGAAGGUACAGAUAAAAAUGCUUCAUGAACAAAUGAGAUCUAUGGGAGACAUCCUCGAUACCUCUGGCCAAAAGCAGGAAGAACCUACUAUUCACAAAACAUCUGAUAAAGGUUGUUAAAUUGUAAACACAUCUUACAUUGUGAAGUUAAUUUAAAAUGUUUCUACAAAAGGUAUCGUGAAUUGAGACGUUUUUGUUUGAAUAUUAGGUAUUCGUAAUAUGUGUACAUACAAUGUUUUGUAGGCAACGUUAUAUCUCAGAAAAAUAAAUUCGAACUUUUUAUGUUUAUU